UCUAUUUUGAUGAGUUACAAGAACUAAUUCAUUCCCAAGCAAAUAAGCACCAAAUGAAAAAUCAGUUUAUCUUUUUCUAAGCAAGUAGUAAAUAGAGAUAGAGACAAAGAGAGGAGGAAGAAUGGAGAAUGUAUUACCUGCAGUGACAUUGAGUUCUGGAAGUGUGAUGCCUAUAUUAGGUAUGGGGACUGCUGCAUACCCAUUAGUUGAACCGGAAGAAGCGAAAUUGGCGUUUUUGAAUGCUAUCAGGAAUGGUUACAGAAUUUUUGAUACAGCUGCUUCUUAUCAUUGUGAAGGAUUUCUUGGUGAAGCUAUAGCUGAAGCACUUCAACUUGGAUUAAUAAAAUCUCGAGACGAACUGUUUAUCACUUCUAAGCUCUGGCCCUGUGAUGCUCACCCUGACCUUGUCGUCCCCGCUAUUCAGAACUCUCUAAGGAAUUUGAAGUUGGAGUACCUUGAUCUAUAUCUGAUACAUUUUCCAAUAAGCACAAAACCAGCUGCAGGGCUUGUUUUUCCGCCACCGAAGGAUGCUUUGCUUCCAAUGGAUUACAAGUCUGUAUGGGCAGCUAUGGAAGAGUGUCAAAAGCUGGGUCUCACAAAGUCAAUUGGUGUCAGCAACUUCUCUUGUAAGAAGCUUCAAACCAUUUUGGACAUUGCUAACAUCCCUCCAGCUGUUAACCAAGUGGAGAUGAACCCAGUUUGGCAGAACUUGAAAUUGAGGGACUUCUGCAAGGCUAACACUAUCAUACUCACUGCCUACUCACCUUUAGGAGCCAGGGGAACCCCGUGGGGGUCUAAUGCAGUCUACGAGGAGCGAGUUCUGCAUGAAAUUGCUGAGGCUAAAGGGAAAACUCAUGCACAGGUGUGUCUGAGAUGGGUAUACGAGCAAGGAGUUAGUCUUAUAGUAAAGAGCUUCAAUGAGCAGAGGAUGAAGGAAAACAAGAUGAUUUUCGAUUGGGAACUGACUGAAGAUGAACUGGAAAGGAUAAGCAAAAUCCCACAGAGAAGAGGACUUCCAGGUGAUAUUUUUGUCUCAGAAACAGCACCUUUCAAGACUGUCGAAGAAUUCUGGGACGGAGAAGUUUGAUUCAACAUGGUUUUUCUAUAGGUCAAUCCUACAAUCAGAUUAUGCAACACAAUGCUCUAAUAAAUCAUUUGCCUCACUGAAAGAGAUCGGAAAAAGCCUAGUGCUAAGCAUGAAACCGGUCUUCCACAUCCACCAGCAUGAAAAAUCCAUUUCCAGAAUGACAUGACAUUUUGGUUUGUUUGCCAACUGCUCAGUCAUGCUAAUGUAUUGUCCAGAAAUCUUAAGUUUCACUAUCAUUCUCUGAUUAAGAAUCAAAAUUAAAAUUGAAGACAGAAUGUAAUGUUGAAAAUUUAACUACCAUCAAAACGAUGUCUAAAUUUACC